AUGGGUUUGACACCGGUCCAUUUCUUUUCACAUGGCUCUACCAUGAUGUUGGGCGAGGAGAGCACCUCGGCCGAUUACUGGCGCAAGUGUGGUGAUGAAGCACUUGCGCAUGGGAUCAAGGGCGUUGUGAUCAUGGGAGCCCACUGGGACUGCUUCAACGACCAGAUCCAAGUCGCGACGAACCCGAACCCCGGCAAAAGCCCGGUGGCCUACGUCGACCCGGCGAAAUACGUCGACUACCCGCUCAACCCGGACCUGGCGACCUCGCAGCGGUGCAUCGAGCUCCUGGCGCGCGAGGGCUUCAACGUCAGCGGCAACGCGACCUUCGAAUGGAUCCACGACGUCUACCUGAUCCUGAUCCGGAUGUUCCCCCGCGGCUGCCCGCCGACGACGGUGAUCUCGCUGAACGCGCGCUACGACCCGCACUUCCACCUGAAGGUCGGCGCGGUGCUGCGCCCGCUCCGCCGCGAGAAUUACUUGUUGAUCGGCACGGGCGGCGCGGUGCACAACCUGUACCGCAACCGCUGGGCGCCCAUGCUGCGCUUCCGCGACAACUUCGCCAUGGAGACGCCGCCCGAAGCCUGGGCGCUGGAGUUCCGGCAGGCCGUCGAGGACGUCCUUAUGAAGACCUCCGGCCCGCAGCUGCGCCGCGCCAUGACCCGCCUCAUGAAGCAUCCGGAGUACCGCGAUGCGCAUGCCACCGACGACCACUUCAUGGCCGCCAUGUUCGUGGCCGGGGCGAUGGGCGACUGGGAGGAUGAGGGUAGUCCCGCGGUGCUGGGCGCCGAGACCUGGGAGUUGACCAAUAUGUGUAAUUCGCAGUUUACCUUGGGGGCGUGGCCGAUUAAGGUCUGAACUUUGGGCAGGUUGGAGGGUUGAUGAUUUUCCUCGGGGAGAG